AUCUUUGUGCCUGUCAAGAAUAAACCAAAUAGAGAGUUUAAACAGAGUUCUUCCUUUUCCAUUGGUCUCUUUUAUUAUUUUUAUCACUAUUAUUUUUAAUUAAGUCUCAAGCAGCUCCAAAACUUCAACUUCACUCUCUCAGGUGUACUUCUACUUCCUUUUGUCAGAUCUCAAUUCUCCAAGUUCAGGAACCAAACUCAACCCUCCACCAAUCCUUUUUCCUUCUUAUUUAAUACCCUUUUCUUCAUUUUCUGGUUCUUACUUGCUGAGUUUAGUACUUGGUAAUACCUCAUGCAUUGAAAACUCCCAUUGAAAACUCCCAGCUUCUGCCAAUUCCUUGUGCAGAACCGCAUUUAAGAGGUUUAGAGAGUUACCUUAAUGCCACAAGGUUCUGCAUAAAAGCAUCCAUCCCUCUCUUGCAAUUGGAGCCCUCAAGUUUAAACUUUUAAGACUUCAAAAAACCCUGUGAAAUUGUCAACGUCCCUCAGCAAAACCGCAACACCUACCCAAUAAGCUGGCGUUUCUGUCACUAUAAAAACAUACAAACUCUCUGCUUUCACCACAGAGUAACAUUGACCAAUAUUAGGCCUGAAAACAAUGUUACCUCAGAAGCAAGGUGAAGAAACCAUGAUGUCAAGCCUUAGUGAGACGAUUGAGCGUGAUGAGAGAGAGGAAGAGAAGGUGGGUAGUAGUAGUUCUUCACAUUCUACCUUGAAAAGCCUUCUUUGGCAUGGUGGGUCUGUUUAUGAUGCUUGGUUCAGCUGUGCCUCAAAUCAGGUUGCACAGGUUCUGUUAACACUGCCAUACUCUUUCUCUCAGCUGGGAAUACUUUCAGGCGUCAUAUUCCAAAUCUUCUAUGGCCUCGUUGGAAGUUGGACUGCAUAUUUGAUUAGCAUUCUGUACAUUGAGUACAGGAGCAGAAAAGAGAAAGAGAAUGUCAGCUUCAAAAACCAUGUCAUUCAGUGGUUUGAAGUGUUGGAAGGUUUAUUGGGUCCGUACUGGAAAGCCAUUGGCUUGGCCUUCAAUUGUACUUUUCUACUCUUUGGAUCUGUUAUUCAGCUCAUAGCUUGUGCAAGUAACAUAUACUACAUAAAUGACCACUUGGAUAAGAGGACUUGGACAUACAUUUUCGGAGCUUGCUGUGCCACCACAGUGUUCAUACCUUCGUUUCAUAACUAUAGGAUUUGGUCUUUCCUUGGCCUUGGCAUGACCACGUACACAGCUUGGUACUUGACCAUUGCAGCUCUUGUUCAUGGCCAGGUUGAAAAUGUGACUCAUACGGGCCCAAAAAAAUUGGUUUUGUAUUUCACUGGCGCCACCAACAUACUCUACACUUUCGGCGGGCACGCCGUCACAGUGGAAGUCAUGCAUGCAAUGUGGAAACCUCAAAAGUUCAAAUAUAUCUAUCUUUUUGCUACUCUUUAUGUAUUCACACUCACCCUCCCAUCUGCCACUGCCGUUUACUGGGCCUUUGGUGACCAACUCUUGGACCACUCCAAUGCCUUCUCUCUUCUUCCUCGCUCUGGUUGGCGUGAUGCGGGUGUCAUCUUAAUGCUCAUUCACCAGUUUAUCACUUUUGGAUUUGCUUGUACACCAUUGUAUUUUGUGUGGGAGAAGGUGAUUGGAAUGCAUGACACAAAGAGUAUAUGUUUGAGGGCUCUUGCAAGGUUGCCUGUGGUGAUACCAAUCUGGUUUUUGGCUAUUAUUUUCCCUUUCUUUGGUCCCAUUAACUCUGCUGUGGGGGCUCUUUUGGUUAGCUUCACAGUCUAUAUCAUUCCUGCUACUGCUCAUAUGAUCACUUAUAGGUCUGCUUCUGCUAGACAGAAUGCUGCAGAGAAAUUGCCCUUCUUCAUCCCAAGCUGGACUGCAAUGUAUGUGAUAAAUGCAUUUGUGGUAGUGUGGGUUCUAUUGGUAGGCUUCGGAUUUGGAGGGUGGGCUAGCAUGUCAAACUUCAUCAAACAGGUUGACACAUUUGGACUAUUUGCUAAGUGCUACCAGUGCCCACCAAAAGCCCCAGUUUCCAAUCACACACUGCAUCACUGAAAAUCAUAAGUUCUUUCGCAUGAUACAUAGGGAUGCAUCAGCAUCUCCCCCCUUGUGUGGCGUGAGCUGUAUUUUCCCUAUCUUUUUGUUUAAUCUCCAUAUAAAUAUUGUCAAUGCAUAUGUUCCCUUGUGUAGCAAGGCAACAUUGUUAUAUUUUGCUUUUGAAUCAUUUGGGUUAAUCAUAAACAUGGCCUAUAGUUAGCUCAUAUAUAUAUAUAUAGGGAUUGAUGUUUGGCAAUUGGCAUAUAGCGACUUUAAGUAAAGCCUGCAUGUUUCUAAUAAUGUUCCCAUAGGACUAUAUAAUGAUUUUUUCCCUUGAAAAUCUUAAGUAUUACUAAAUCAUGUAUGUCUUGUGAAAUUAAAAUAUGAAGGCGUGUAAUG